GCUGAGUUGGCAACACUUCCACACACACUAUACAUCGUCUAUGACUGUAAUCAGACAACACCUGGAUCAUAUCGAAGGAAGGCUGAGACAAGACACUCCGACGUAUAUCUGGCGACAAUGAUGGGCAGUUUGCCAGGCAAUAAGGAUGACGUGGUCUCCAUGGACACGUCCCAGUCAUCUGGAAGUGACACAGAGACGACAGAUGAUCGAAGCCCUGACACCGCAACAUCGAAAGUGGGAAAGAAUACCUUUUGCGACACCACCACUGUGGAAGGAUCGAAGAAGAGCAGAGUUAGAAACAGCAUCACAAUUGGAAAAGCAAAAGGCUACAUUUAAUCAGGGCGAUAAACAACGGGGAGGACUGUCCUGUAGCCCCACUGAGGGUGCGAAUCCAAAACUUAAGAUAUCAGUUCCCGCACAAGAUGGAGGGACAUUGAUUUACGUUGAUUGUUCCAACGCCAAAGUUCGUGACUGGUACUACCGUCAAAAUGUCGACACCGAAAAAGCUUUCGUAUCAAUAUGGACCUUUGGAAAUAUUUUCGACGGUUUCAAACCACCAAUUAUCAAUGGAGAAACCGGUGAUGCUUUGUGGGACCUAACUGCAAAGUUGAUUGAACGUUAUGGCUGUCUGUUGUACAAAAUUUACAAGGGAUGUCUCGUCAUAGAAUUUCUACAUGAAACAGAAGAAGGCAGAAACAAAAUGAUCAAUGAACAAGACACAGUGAAACAAAUGUUUCAAGACUUUUUGGAAAGCGUUAAACCAAAUGCCCCAGUUUGUACUUUGGAAGUGAAAGAAAAAGAAACUCCAACUUUUAGUGGCAAACCAGACACCGCUUCAAAAUAUACUGGGCAAAACGUCAGCUCGACUUCAACACCAUCAAGCGCACAAGCUCGAUCACCAGAGUUAGAGGAAGAACUGAUGUCUGAAUUAGAUUCUUUUUAUCUGGAACGUAUGUUCUACCCAGUUCCUGUCCCAGUUCCGCUAUCACAAGUUGAUUUGCUUGACUGUCAAGUAUGCUUGGGUGUGCAUCAUGAUUGUGAAGAUGAUCUGUCAACGUUGGAAAACGUAUUCUUCAUUCAUUGGAACCCUGAUUUGGCAUCCCAUUAUAAGUUUCAAUUCUCUAAGAUACUGACUGCUUUUAGAAAUUCCCAUGGUGGUGUUCUUAUAGUACAUGGAUUCAACACAUCUCAGUCCGGGGAUUUUCAUGAAUCUAUUAAGCGAAUAUUUGGUUCAAUCCUGAAGCAGGAUGUCGACCCAUGUGAAGUAUUCAAAACACAAAAGAUCAGAAACAAUAAAUAUAUGUUCAGAAUAGACGUCGAGCCAUCAAAUAUGUUUGUCACGCUUGAUUACAAAACAAAGUUCCCGUCUUUGUCUGAGGACAAAUUCGGAAAUGCCUCAAACGAGAAAGUCCGGCACCUCCUGUUUUCUUCGCGUACAACAGAGAGUGCAAAUCCUGCUUUAAGAGGUAUUUCCUCCCAACAUCAAAAUCUAGGAGCUUUGAGGUUGUAUUGUCAUAAAGGCUAUGCCGUGCCUCCUUUGGAACAUGAGCUCUUGCAUUCCCUAGUGGGUGACAUGACUGGACUAUCUGUCCCUGAACAUAUAUCGGCCCUCUCAAAGAAGAAAAGCGGCGGAACCAUGUACGUUGUUAUGCCCAAGCUCAAAUUUGAUGAGAUUCCUCUGGAUUUACAAAAGCGUAUGAAGGAUCAUCUAAUGCAAGCACUGAUAAAUAAAUUGCUUUUCCAAACAAACAAACAUUCAAAGGUUUCACUUCAAGACUUUGGUGUGUUUGACAUAGCAUCAUCCAAAGAUACGGAAACUGGAGGCUGCGUUAUAGAGAUCGCUGUGGGACAUGUCAAUGGCUGUGUGUUCUACGACCCUGAAGGACCCGAAUCAUAUAAAAUUGUAGGGAACAGAUUGGUUCGACUGCCCUUCGAAAAAUGGAUUGAGGAGGCCUUUGAGUGAACGACAUUGAGGAAUCGACGACCCAGUAUUCUGAGGAACCUUAAUGUGGAUGUUUUGAGAUUUUGUUCAUUCGUUCAAGAACGUGAAUUCUUUCUAAAGUCUAAGUAGUAAGUGUUUAUUAUACACUCACUCACUGAAUCACUCAAAUAUGGUUCCAAGAAAUGUUUACAGCUUCCCGAUAAUAUCAUCCAUGACUGACCAUUUCACAAGUGUGAUGGGGUCCACGAAAACCAGAAAGUGUGAUACAGAAAUCAUGUAUGAUUUACUAGUGCCUGAAUCCUUAACCAGAGUUGGACCUCAACACCUGUUCAUUGUGAGAGCUGACUCAACUGAGGAUCGGCUGGCCACAAUGUGUUACCUUACUGAUGGGGUAGCUUUGUGGUUAAAACGGAAACCCCGGGUUCGUUUCCUUACACGGGUACAAUGUGAGAAGCCCAUGUCAGGAAGUGUUGAAACUAUGAAUACAUUGUUAGUUGUUUUUAUAUAGUGUAAUCAUUUUAUACAUAAUAAUGUGCGUUACAUGUGUCACUGUUUGAUAGUCAGAUGUACUCAAUACUACCCCCAACACACUACAGAGUAAAGGGGAGUAUACACAUAAAAUGAAUCUGACCAUGUUGAAUGUUACUAUAUGUUGAUUCUGAGUAUCAUAGCUGUCUUGGAACCGUGAAGAUCCGGGGUUAGAAUGAACCUUCAGUAACCCAUGCUUGUCGUAAGAGACGACUAAUGGGAUCGGCUGGUCAGACUCGCUGGCUUGGU